GUUUCCGAGAGUCUCAGUUUCUUCACGCUUCCCGUUUCCAGCUCGAUACAGGUCGACUAUGGACGCUCCGAUCAUCCCAUUCCACACUUCUCCUUGAAGAGCUAAGAGAGGGGGAGGGGGACUGGUUGAUUCAAAAGAACUGCAUAUACAAGAAUAGAAUUCGCCAUCGGCUGAUCUCGACGAAGUUUCCUCCGUCGAGCUGAAUUAAUGGCUCCGGCCAUCUCCGAGAGAGUCGAACUCGCUAAGUUCUGUCGCUCAAAGGACUGGUCUAAGGCAAUCAGAGUCCUCGACUCGCUCAUAACCAAGUCCUGCACCGUUCAAGACAUAUGCAAUAGAGCAUUCUGCUACAGCCAAUUGGAGCUGCACAAGCAUGUAAUUAAGGACUGCGAUAGAGCGCUUCAGCUGGAUCCCUCGCUUCUUCAAGCUUAUGUGCUCAAAGGUCGUGCAUACUUUUCCUUGGGAAAGAAAGGGGACGCUCUUUCCGUUUGGGAGAGUGGCUACCAGUAUGCUCUAUGUCAAUCUGCAGACCUGAAGCAAUUGCUAGAACUGGAAGAUCUUUUGACAAAAGAAAAACAAGACAAAAACAAUGUGGAAAAUGUAGAAGUGGAGUCGGGAUUUUCAACCGUUGUUCUUGAAUCAGAAGUUACACCUGCUAACAGAAAAUUGAGUGAAACAAAUAAUAAUGAAGAUAAAUUAAUGGAACAUCCUGAUUUCUACAUGAAUCCAAGUGAUGCGUCUGAAGUUUGCAGCAGAUCAAGUGACAAUCUUUCUGUAUUUGAAGGCGGAAGCGAAGAAAUUGGUCAGAACAGUAACAUUAACUGUGAAAGCAAUGGGCGUAGUGACUAUGAUGAUGCUUCCAAAUUGCAUGAUUUAAGAAGUGAUAUAUCUGAAUUUUCUAAUAUACAAGGCAGUAUAAGUGAUGAAGCCAAGAGAACUAAGAAAUUCCCUGUUGCUAAAGUUUCAAAGACAAAGUCAAUACGUGUAGAUUUCCGACUAUCAAGAGGCAUAGCUGAGGUCAAUGAAGGGAAGUAUGCUAUCGCUAUUUCUAUCUUUGACCAGAUAUUGAAGGAAGAUCCUAGUUAUCCUGAGGCAUUAAUUGGAAGAGGAACAGCUUAUGCAUUCCAAAGAGAACUUGACGCUGCUAUCGGUGAUUUUACAAAGGCUUUAGAAUCAAACCCAUUUGCUGGUGAGGCAUGGAAACGAAGAGGGCAGGCUCGGGCUGCGUUAGGAGCAUCUGCUGAGGCAAUUGAAGAUUUAACUAAGGCACUGGAGCUUGAGCCAAAUUCUGCAGAUAUUUUACAUGAAAGGGGAAUCGUUAAUUUCAAAUUCAAGGACUUCUAUGCUGCUGUGGAGGACUUGUCUGAAUGUCUGAAGGUGGAUGGGUGUAAUACAUCUGCAUACACUUACUUGGGCUUGGCAUUGUCUUCAAUUGGUGAUUACAAAGGGUCUGAGGAGGCACACUUGAAAUCAAUACAAUUAGAUAGAAAUUUCCUCGAGGCGUGGGGCCAUCUAAUUCAGUUCUAUCAAGAUUUGGCAAACACAACAAAGGCUUUGGAAUGUCUUCAUCAAGUUCUUCAGAUGGACAGCACGUUUGUCAAAGCAUAUCAUUUGUGCGGGCUAUUGUAUCAUGGGAUAGGGGAACACAGAAAGGCUAUCAAGGAAUUAUCUAUUGGGUUGAACAUUGAAAAUGCCAACAUUGAGUGUUUGUAUUUGCGAGCUUCCUGCUACCAUGCUAUUGGAGAAUAUGGGUUAGCGGUCAAGGACUAUGAUGCUACCUUAGAUUUGGAUCUAGAUUCCAUGGACAAAUUCAUGCUUCAAUGCCUAGCAUUCUAUCAGAAGGAAAUUGCUCUAUACACAGCAUCAAAAAGCAAUAGUGAUUUUUGUUGGUUUUCUAUUGAUGGGGAUAUUGAUCCACUCUUCAAGGAGUAUUGGUUCAAACGAUUGCACCCGAAGGAUGUUUGCGAAAAGGUUUUCAGACAACCUCCAAUACGCGAGCCUUUAAAGAAGGGUAGAGUUAGAAAGCAAGACCACGGGAUGACAAAGCAGAAGAUAUCACUUCUAUUGGCUGCUGAUAAUAUUGGGAGAAAAAUCCAGUAUGAUUGUCCCGGGUUCUUGUCAAAUCGGCGUCAGCAUCGCAUGGCAGGAUUAGCUGCCAUUGAUGUUGCUCAAAGGAUUUCAAGAACUUGGCGUUCGCUGCUAGCAGAAUGGAAAUGUUCCAAUAAAAGCACAACCAAGUAUGGUAAAAGAGCUCGGAGAAGAGAAAGGCCCAGUAUAUCCAGCCAGAACAGAGGUGGUGCUGGUUGUAGUACUAGUGGCUUUUCAGAAACAUCAUCUUCAACUAGUCAUCUGGAAGAUAGAUUACCUGGUCAUAAUUUUAUCUCAUGGCAAGAUAUUUACUCUUUAGCUGUCAAGUGGAGACAAAUUUCCGAACCCUGUGAUCCUGUUUUGUGGAUUAAUAAACUAAGUGAAGAGUUCAAUUCUGGAUUUGGAUCUCAUACAUCUAUGAUUCUUGGGCAAGCAAAACUGGUUCGGUACUUCCCAAAUUUUGAGAGGACACUAGAAGCCGCAAAAACGGUCAUUAAGCAUAAAUCCUGUGUGUACAACAAGUCAGACAUGAUGGUGGACCUGAGUGGUGAUGGAAAAUUACAAGAUAUUAUGCAAGCAAAGUCGUGCUCUGAUCUUUAUAAAGUGGUUGGUGAGGAUUUUUGGUUGGCUACCUGGUGCAACAGUACUGCUUUCGAGGGGAAGCAACUUGAAGGGACGAGGAUUACACUAGCAAAGACGGGAGAACGUGGAUUUGAUUUUGCAAUCAGAACUCCAUGUACAGCUUCUAGAUGGGAAGAAUUUGAUGCAGAGAUGACGACAGCAUGGGAAACAAUAUGCAAUGCUUAUUGCGGAGAAAACUAUGGCUCUAUGGAUUUUAGCACUCUAGAAAGUGUGAGGGAUGCAAUCCUAAGGAUGAGCUAUUACUGGUACAAUUUUAUGCCACUCUCAAGGGGCUCUGCGGCUGUUGGAUUUGUUGUUUUGCUUGGAUUGCUUCUUGCAGCUAACAUGGAGUUCUGUGGGAACAUUCCACGAGGACUGCAAGUGGAUUGGGAAGCCUUGUUAAAUUUCGAUCCAAAUUGUUUUGUUGAUUCUGUGAAGAGUUGGUUGUAUCCAUCUCUCAAGAUGACAACGUCGUGGAAAGAAUUUCCAGAUGUGGCAUCAACUUUUAAAACAACGGGAUCAGUUGUUUCUGCUUUGAGUUCUUAUGACGAUUGAGCUCCUCUAGAUUUAAUUAAGGAAAGCCGAUGUGAUUUUGUAAUUUAGACUCCUUUCUCUUGGAAUUUAAUCAACUGUACCUUCUGCAUCAAUGAAGUGGGCACAUGGCUGGCAAGCACACAGGCAUCUGUUGCCAAAGCUGAAAGCAUACACAAAUUUGGUCGUUAACCCCAACAACGGUAUAAAAUUCUGAACUCUCUCUCUCUGAGUUUCCCUUCAUUUUUCUAUUUAAAAUUCAUUAUAUUAACUAAAAUUUUCUGUUGAUAAUAAAAUAUCCAGCUGUAUUCAUGUAUAAGCAUGUUGAUUCAA